AUGUGGUACAUAACGCGCAUCCUGUCGGCGCUCCUGUUUCUGUUCAGCGUCGUCUUCACCAUCCCGCUGGCCUUUGAUGUCGGUGGCCGCACCUGCGGUCUCGCCUUUUCCCUGUCGCUGAGCGCCUUCUACUUCUUCUACUCUGCCUUACGACUCGCGACACCCGAUCGCUCCAGACUCCGCUAUGCCCUCGUCAACACCAUCGCCGCCUCGCAGUGGAUCGUCAUCCCCACACUCAUGAUCUGGAGUCUCAACAAAUUCUCCGUCGACUCGGACGCAACUGGAUGGGUGGAAAAGACGUUAGGUGGGAAAAGGGCACAGCACGAUACCUUGUACGCAUGGGUCUUCGGUAGCGACGGUCUGCUGCAGUCAAUCACAAUCGGUAGCUGGGACAAGCUACUCCGCUGGUCGACACCUGUCUUCCAGCUGAGUGAGGGCUUUUGCAGUCUGCUCGUCAUUCAAGCUGCUGGUCAGAUUACACGGUACCUGGUAAACCGCGAAGGAGGUGAUGGAUGGAUGAUCGGCCUGCUGAUCACCUCUGCCUCAAUCAUCUCGAGUUCAGUCUACUUUCUUUGGAGAAUCACGACCUUUCCGGAGCUCGGUAAUGUCGACGCUAUCCUUAUUGGUGUUGCCAUUACCUGCGCCUUCUUUCUAUGCGUCUGGGGAAUUGGUAGUGGAAAGGGUAAUCCCGUCGAGAGCUCGCUGCUCUUCGCCUACAUCACCCUCUGCAUCUACCAAAUCUUCACCGAUUACCAGCCUUCAAACCCGUCACAGUCCGUUCCGGUUCCCGCUGAGUCCGACUUUCCUCCAUUGCCCCCGAUCAUCAUGGCAUCGUAUUCGACUCUGAUGCACGCUCUUUCUACUCUCCCGUCUACCAUCCACACCUCCUUCAACUUCCUGUUCGCGGCCAUCAUGACCAUCACACCUUCUGUCAUCAUCUCACUCGCCUACCGCCUCUUUGUCAUGUACGCUUCCGCCCGUAUCAUACCGGCUGUGCGCGAAUCUGGAGCUCGGGCACUUUCCCAAGAACCGUCACUUGAGGACAGCGACGGCGUUGGUCAAGUUCUUGGUUUCCUCGGCUACUUCAGCCCAAGUAUCUUGAUCGCUGUCUACACCAGUCUUCUUAUGCAGCACUUUGCUUCGGCUUCGGCCGAUCACCCUGGAGAAUGGUGGACUAGUCAAGGCGGAGAUGCCGGUAGCAACGUGUGGCGGUGGGCCAAUCUGGCCGGCACCAUGGCACUGUACGCGGUUGAGUUAUAUCUUGGCAAGGGUCACGACGACAGCAGUCUAACGAGUCACUGGAAGAUUGAUUGA